AUGUCGAUGUGCAUGCGCAACAAGUCGCUGUCAUCAGCUGAAUUUGGAAGCAACGGUGCUUAUGAUUUCGUUGAGAGCUCACAGAGCCUGCUGAACAAGUUCCAAGAGAUCAAAGAACGCUUCACGCUCAAGAUCAGUUUUAGCAAGGCCAAGACCCAGAACAAGAAUGCGUCGAUCUUCCGGGGAUCUCAGGCAUAUUUGGCUUGCAAUUUGUGCCGCAUAAAGCUGUCCCAAGGUCUCGCGCUCUUCACCCCCGCCUCCAAACAACGUUGUUGGUGUGAGGAUCUUGUCUGUGAAGCUGGUGGAUGUGAUUUCGGUGGCGACUCCGUUGACCUGUCCCGAGACCUCUCUGGAUCGAGAUGGGAAAGUGUCUUCUCUAACAUCAAUUGA